AUGGCUAAAUUUGAUGCAUCAUUGAUUCCACUCUACUGUAUUUUGGGAACAGCAGCAGCUGUGACAUUGGGAUUUGGAGCAAGAACCAUGACCACUCACAAUGACAUCAGUUUGACUAGAGGUGGACAAAUGUUGUGGUUAAAGAACCAUGCUCCAAAACUUGUUGACCAAAAGACCGCUGUUUCAUACUAUCAAGAAAUCCAUAAUGGAAAUUACCUCCGUCAAAACUAA